CUUCCAUUCCAAGCCCUGGCCAUGGUAGUGCCUCCACAAGAGACAGACAGAGUACCCUCCAACAUCACAACACCUCCAUCUGUCAUCACAAAAUCUGUCUCAGACGGCUUCAAGCAGAGGCUGAGCCCCUUCCAGGGUAACCCACUUGCUGCAGACGGUCCAGACACAGAUCUGCUGCCCCUCUUCUACUUGUACCAGCACCUGGAGUGCAUUGUGGAAGAGACGGAGAGCAAGCUGAAUGAGUUGAGCCAAAGGAUCUCAGCCAUAGAGAAAGCUGAGCUGCAGAAGAAGAAGAUCCCCAAGGAGAAGUUCACCAAAGAGUACAUGAAGGCCAAAGGCCUGAAGGGUGACCCGGGGCAGCCCCUACUUCUGUAGACCAGCUUCUUACCUUGGCCACUCAGCAUUCUAGACUUUAGUACAGCAGACUACCCCAACAGCACCUGCCCUGACAUACAGAGGCUGAUGGUGAGCCAGCAGUAGAUGUUGGGGCAAUAGUUGACAGGCCUGGGACCCGGGCCUUCUCACUCAGGCCCUCGACAGACUCAUAGUGGCCUUCCCCACACAGACAGUCACUGACACGCUGGAAGACAUCAUGGCAGUUAUGUGAGCAGUUACUGUAGAAGCUGGUUCUUCACUUUCUUUCUUCUUCUAAUAACAAAAAGUAAGGUGAGUGUUCUGUCCC